AUGGACUUCUAUAAAGAAACCGUACAAAACAAAAAGAACGUGACCAUUGAAAAUCAGGGCUCUCUUUUUCUUAAAAGAGAACGUCCUGGCGGAGAUUCUGAUGAAGAUUCCGGCAAAGAAAAGAAGGCUCAAAGUCUAAAAUCCAUCAAAUUAGCCGAUGACUCUGAUAAUAAGAAGAUCCAGAAGGUUGAGAAGACGACUGAACAGAGUUUAUAUUCUUCAGGGGCAGGGCAUCUGAAUUCAGGGCAUGUCAAAGUUAAACUUGUAAAGAAGGAAGACAAAUUCUACUUUGAUUCAAAGAAAUCGGAUGUGUUUUCAGUGACUCCGCCAAAACUGACUGCUCUACCUUCAACCAAGGACAAAAACAGAGACAAAAUCAGGGAGCUUCUAGUAGAGGGGUUGAGCAAAGUGGCCGGUGAAGUUUCCGACGACAACGGCCACGGACUUAAGGAGGUUGGUGAUGUAAAUAUCAAGGACCCGAAAAACAGGGAUUUUCGCCGGAAAGUGCUUCUGGGACAGUUUCCCCCGAUGUGCAUUGCCGACUUGAGCCCUGAAGAAAUGGCAAGUGAUGAAAGGAAAAGGCAGAAUGAGGAGAUUAAGGAGAAAGCGUUGUUUAACAGCGAACGAGGACCUCCGGGAAAGGCUAGUAACGGCGCGUUCCAAUGCGGCAGAUGCAAGAAAAGAGAGACUACUUACUACCGGUUGCAGACUCGAAGUGCCGAUGAGCCAAUGACUACUUUUGUAACCUGUACUAAUUGCAACAAACGCUGGAAAUGUUAG